GCACUGACGCAGCUGCUCUACCAUCCACGGGUGGUGUUGCACGGUGUCAAUAUUAAGAACGAUUUUCGGAAACUGGCGCGCGACUUUCCGGAGGUGGACGCUGAUCGCUUAAUAGCGCGGUGCGUUGAACUGGGCCAGUGGUACAAUCGUUUGAACGGUUCCACCGGGCUGUGGAGUUUAGCCCGGCUGGUGGAGCAGUUACUGAGGCUACGCAUGAACAAGAGCAAACAGGUGCGGAUGAGCAAAUGGGACGUAUUGCCACUGUCCGAAGACCAGAAGCUGUACGCAGCCAUCGAUGUUUAUAUAGGUCAGAAGCUGUACCUCAAUCUUGCGGAAAAACAACGCCAACAGGAGAAUGUUAAUAACUGUGUACCAGAAGCAAACAUCGACACUAAAAUUUGUUUGAAAGUUGAAGGUCCAGAGACAGCAGACGCCGUGGGGUUACCAUUGACUAACAGUAACCACAACCCCAAACAACCUGUUAUUGGUCUGUAGUGUAACACAGCCAAUCCCAUCAUGUCUCGUCUGGUACAUGUCCUGCGGGCCGGAAGACUUCCCUACCAACAGGCACUAAAGCUUCAGCAAACAAUUGCGAACCGGUUACUGCAGCAGGCGAAACAUCCGCAAGAUAGCGUCGCACCAACAUCACCUUACUGCAAUGUGCUCAUUCUAACCGAACACGAACCGGUCUACACCAUUGGCAUUCGUACGAAAGGCUACGACGAAACGGAGGAACAUCGAUUACGUGCACUCGGGGCCGAUUUUGUCCGCACCAACCGGGGCGGAUUGAUAACGUUUCACGGACCGGGACAGCUGGUAGCAUAUCCCAUACUCGACUUAAAACGCUUUCAACCAAGCGUUCGCUGGUACGUGUGUCAUCUCGAGCGAACUGUUAUAGAACUGUGUAGGCGGUACGGUUUGCGGGCUCAAACGACCGCUGACACGGGCGUGUGGAUCGAGGACCGGAAGAUCUGUGCGAUGGGAAUCCACGCAAGCCGGUACGUAACGACGCACGGGUUAGCGCUCAACUGUGACAUCGAUCUGGGUUGGUUCCGGCACAUUGUACCGUGCGGGUUGGUUGGGAAAUCGGUUACAUCACUAGCGCAGGAACUGAACCGACCGGAGCUGGGUGUUGCGUCUGUUACGGAAGAAUUUCUUGACUGCUUUCGGCACACGCUCGAAUGCGAUUUGCUACCGUUGGGCGGCGAGAGCCAAAAGGAGCUGAUGGAUGGCAUUUAAGGUAGAUGUUAAGCAACUAUUAUUGACUCAGGAAUUGUUUGUUUUCUAAGCCUGCUAAUAAUUACUGUAAGACAAUGCUUGUGACGUUUGUGUUUGUAAUAAUAAUAUAUUUUAAAGCUAUUUGCAAAGGACUGGUAAAACCAACAGUACGUUAAUAAGAAA